AUGGCAGAAGAGUAUGCAAAACAAAAAAAUAUAUCUACAACUGACGCAUCGAAUGAAAUAAAAAACAAAAUAAUCAGUACUUCCGGUCCAAAAUCUCAUGGAGCUACUCAAGCUAGUAAAGAUUCGGCGACAUCACGUCUCACUGAUGUAAAAGGAUAUACAGGCUCUCAUAAAGAACGGUUUGAUACUGAAACUGGUAAAGGUAAAGGAAUCGAGGGGCGAGAGUAUGUCAUGGAUGAAAAAGCGGCUUCCGGUUAUGUUGGAGGCUAUAAAGGGCAGAACACAUAUGACAAAACCCACUAA